AUGUCCAUUUUUUUCCUUUGGUGCGGAAAUUCAUCAUCGGAGAAAGCGCUUCCCCUCCCGCUGGGUUCCGCUCCCUCUCGGUUCCCCCCCCUCUGGGUUCCCCUCCCGCUGGGUUCCGCUCCCUCUCGGUUCCCCCCCCUCUGGGUUCCCCUCCCGCUGGGUUCCGCUCCCUCUCGGUUCCCCUCCCUCUGGGUUCCCCUCCCGCUGGGUUCCGCUCCCUCUCGGUUGCCCUCCCUCUGGGUUCCCCUCCAUCUGGGUUCCCCUCCCUCUGGAUUCCCCUCCCUCUGGGUUCCCCUCCCUCUGGGUUCCCCUUCCUCUAGUCUUCCCUCCCCCCUGGGUUCCUCUCCUCGCCCUCUGGGGUUUCUUUCGUCUCCCAAAGACCUUUGGGUUCCUCUCCUCUCGCUCUGGGUUCAUCUCCUCUCUCUUCAGGUCGUCACCUCGCCCUCUGGGUUCCUUUCCUCUCUCUCUGGUUUCCUCUCCUCUCACCCUGGUUUCCUCUCCUCGCCCUCUGGUUUCCUCUCCUUUCGCUCUGGGUUCCUCUCCUCUCGCUCUGGGUUCCUCUCCUCUCGCUCUGGGUUCCUCUCCUCUCGCUCUGGGUUCCUCUCUCUCACCCCCCUCUGGGGUCCUCUCCCCGCCGUAUUUGUUCCUCUUCUCGCCAUCUGGUGCACUGGUUACUCCAAGGACCAAACACAAGUUAGCGCGAUGAAUCGGCGCAAUGUCCGACUACCGCCCGAAGUUAACAGAGCCAUAUACGUGCGCAACCUACCGUUCAACAUCACAUCGGAGGAGAUGUACGACAUCUUUGGCAAAUACGGCGCCAUCAGACAAAUACGCAUUGGAGUGACAAAGGAGACACGCGGCACGGCCUUUGUGGUGUACGAGGACAUAUACGAUGCCAAGAACGCCGUGGAGCAUCUGUCAGGGUUCAACGUGGCUAAUCGGUACCUCAUAGUGCUCUACUACCAGCAGGCCAAGUUCACCAAAAAGAUUGACCAGAAGAAGAACGAGGAGGAGCUGGAUAAGAUGCAGAAGAAGCGUCUCUGCUGCUCACCACGGUAUCAUCCGCCGCUUCGCCUCCUCCGCCGUCCCUUCUCCGCUACCCCCUACUCCGCCGCCCGUUCUCCGCCGCCCCUCCUCCGCCGCCCCUUCUCCGCCGCCCUCGUUGACGAGUUCCACGCGCCCGUCAUGUCGCGCCGGGGCUUCACGCCAGUUGCGGCGCCGCCAGCGGCGGGUCUCGUUGCCCUGCUGCUCGUCGCUGCGGCAGCUGGCGGAGUGCGCGGAUCGGGGGGGAAUGCGGUGCUACCCCGCAAGCUGGCCGCUGGCGGAAGCGGAGACAGUGCCGCGCCGGAGCUAGUCAAGGAUUUCCCCCGUGCUGCUUCCGCGGAGGGGGACGGGCUUGUAGUGAAGGACUCCGCGCCUUCUUCCGCCAGUGGCGGUGAGGCGGAAGCGGAGGCGCAUGUUCCGCCGCUGCAGCUGAUUCUGGCGGAAGAAGGGCGCGCGGAGGGCGCAGUGUGCUUGGACGGAUCGGCCCCUGGGUUCUACUAUCGGAAGGGCUACAGCUCGGGACAGAACAACUGGGUGCUGUAUUACGAGGGCGGAGCGUGGUGCGCGUCCCCGCACGCCUGCGCGCACAGGGCGCGCACGCACCUGGGAUCCACGGACCACGCGCGCUCAGCGGCGGAGAUGGUGGAUAGGGAGACUGGCAGCAUGAACGGCAUGCUGAACUUCAAUAAGACCGUCAACCCUGGCUUCUACAACUGGAACGCCGUCUAUUUCAUCUACUGUGAUGGCGGCUCCUUCUCAGGCCAUCAGGACGAGCCACUUCACUUCAAUGGCAUUCCGCUGCACGUGCGGGGAAAGAGAGUGGCGGAUCUGCUGCUUCAGCGCCUUCUGGAUAAGAUGGGGCUCGCCCAAGCCGACAGGGUGGUCGUAUCGGGGAGUUCAGCGGGAGGGGUGGCAGUGCUGCUGCACUGCGAUCGAGUGAGGGACACUCUCACAGCCGCCUCUCCCUCCAUCCACGUCCGCUGCCUUGCUGAUGCCUCCAUGUUCCUCGACGUUCCAGAUGUCAACAACACUCGGAGGGUCGCCAACUUCUUUGCUCAAGUGAAGGACAUGCAUGUGAGCAAUGCUUCAUGGCCAACCAUAUUCUGCAGUACGUCUCCACGCCUCUCUUCCUCAUCAACAGCAACUACGACAAAGUUGCGGAUGAGGGCCAUUGCAGUGCCGCAGGUGUUGGACUCGGGGACUUUAGCCCCCCCUGAUUGCCUCAACCAUGUCAGCACGUGCUCCGAUGCUGAGAAACGAGUUAUUGAGGGGGCAACAAUAGCCCACCCUGACUGCCUCAACCAUCUCAGCACGUGCUCGGAUGCCGAGAAGCAAUUCAUUGAGGACUACCGCAAGGCAGUGGCCGCAGCAGCGGAACCUCUUUUCCACUCUGACCCACCGUCAGCCACCUAUUCAUCACCAUCUUCACCGCACUCCACACCUGCCAACGCCGUCUUCCUCUUCUCCUGCUUCCAGCACGGCUCCUUACACUCCGACACUCCGUGGACUGUGCGCACGGCAAAAGGAGUGCCAAUGUACGAAGCUGUGAACCGUUGGAUGCAGUCCGGCAACAGCGACAAGAUUGAUCUCGUAGAAGGCGGAUAUCCCUGCAACUCGUGCGCUGGGCUGAUGUUUCGCUCUUAG